AUGAUCCUCCCCCCCGCGCAGACGAACGCGUUUGACGACGGCAACACUGAGAACUGCGUGCUGUGCGGUGUGGGCGGCAGCCUCAUCUGCUGCGACCGCUGCCCCGCGGCCUACCACCUGCGCUGCAUCGGCCAGACGGCGCACAGCAUACCGGACGGAGAUUGGCUGUGCCCCGAGUGCGCAGUCGGCGGAAGGGGUAAGAGCCGGAAAGGGGGAAUGCACGCGCGCAGAUGUAUGUGCGUGUGGGUGUUUGUGCUCUCAUUAUGUGCGCCCAUGUCUCUGUCCGUGUCUGUCUGUCUGUCUGUCUGA